GAAAAGAAUGUGGCGGAGUCUUCACAGAUUCAAAACACGUUUUUAAGUCACCAGGCUACCCAAAUGAAUACGAAAAUGAGCAAAUUUGCUACUGGCAUAUUAGAGUAAAGUAUGGCCAGCGUAUUCACCUACAGUUUCUGGAGUUCGAUGUUGAAGACGACACUGCUUGUAUGGCUGAUUUCUUGGAAAUCUAUGACAGCUACGAUGAUAUCAAUGGCUUUGUGGGCAGGUUUUGUGGAGAUGAGUUGCCAGAUGAUAUCAUUAGCACAGGCAACGUGAUGACCUUGAAGUUUUUGACGGACGCCUCAGUGACUGCUGGUGGUUUUCAGAUCAGAUAUAUUACUAUGGACACACCUUCAAAGCCCAGCGAUGGGAAAAACACAACAUCCCAAGGAAAAACAAACUUCUUGCCUGGAAAAUUCGGUAUUAUGUGAGCAGGGUAACACGCUACGCUC